AUGCUACCCGAUAACGUUACAUUGAUUGUGAAGGCUCCUAAUCAGCAAAUAGAAGAUCAAAACGUCGAGUGCCAGACUUCUUGGACUGUAAGACAAUUGAAGGGGCAUUUAUCCGAAGUAUACCCAAGCAAACCGAAAGCAGAUGACCAGAAGAUUAUAUACUCAGGUCAAUUAUUAGACGACAACAGCGUCUUGAAGGACGUGCUAAGAAAAUAUGAGAGUCAAAUAACUCAUACUAUGCACUUAGUCUGCUCGAGCAAAAGAAUGGAGUCUCACGAGGAGAUCAAAUCAGAAUUACGUCAGAGGAACGUACCGGCAGCGCAGCCAGAAAAUCAACCGGAAACGAUAUCCAGACCGGAAACAAGGCAGAAUGAUCAGAACCAUAGCGUCGAAAUGCAGAAUUAUCUCAGUUCAUACAUGAAUAACUAUGGCAGAGUCCCGCCAUAUCCGAAUUAUAAUUUUGGUGAUGGCUACUUGCCUGUACCAAAUGACCCGGCGUCAAUGGCCAACCAUAUAAUGAUGAUGCAACAAGCGUAUGUUCAAUAUAUGCAACAGUAUGCUAACAUGACUCGAGCGGCGACUCCGCCCCCGCCCCCCGCGCCGGUAGCGGAGCCCCCGCCGGCACCGGAGCCCGAGCAGCAACACGACUGGCUUGACCAUCUAUACGCGGCCUCGCGCGUGGGCAUACUACUGUCAUUAUUUUGGUUGUACGGAAGCCCUACGAGGCUGUUAGUAGUCAUACUAUGCCUUGGACUAUUCUAUUACUUCCGUCAAAUUGGAUUUUUCCGCGACCUUCAAGUGAACGAGAGACGCAACGAGCCACGUCAACAGAACAACGACCAAACACAUAAUGACGAUAACGGAAAUAACGGCAAUAACGGAAAUAACCGAAAUAACGAUAACCAGCAAUCGCUACUAGCUGUCACAUGGAUGAUAGUGACGUCAUUCUUCACAAGCUUAGUUCCCGACACGAAUUGA